ACACAAAAACACUAUCGGGGUUUUCGGGUUCAGAUCCGUGUAUAUGGGUUUCGGAUUCUUCGGGUUUGGGAUAAGUUGAGGUUUCGGAUUAGAGGUACCGGGAUCGGGUUUUGGUUUCGGAUUUGCAAGAACCCGACCCGUGGGAAACACUAUGUUGUGGGACCAGGGACCAGGCUGUUCCAUCAAAUAUCAAACCGUAUCAGGUCACUAGGCAUCACGAUGAAAUGAUGUCAGUUGGAAGAUGAUAAGUCCAGAUAUAAAACUAGGUUAUAAAAUCCCCAUAGCUCAUCCCAUUUGCCCCCAUUUUGUUGAGAUGUGGUGGACUGAGUUCAAUUUCAAAGAAAUUCGAACUUAUUAAAAUGAAACUCAAAAGAGUUGCAGUAACGGUGAUUUUAGUAGUCAUGGGGACCACAACCGUCCUGAGCCAAGAAUGUCUUUCGGACUCACUUCGAAUCAACUGCUACCUAUGGGAGGGGGCGACUCAAGAACUCUGUGAAGCCAAGGGAUGCACCUGGUGCCCCUCAUCUAUGGAUGAACUCGCUCCGUCAUGCUACCUCCCCCCAAACUAUGGCUACAAUAUUGACGGACCAAUUUCUGAAAUCCCGGAAGGUGGCUACAGAAUCAAUUUGAAGAGAUCCCCGGCUUCAAAUAUUUCAUAUGUGGGGGCAGAUUCUGAGGAGAUAUCUACCUUCUUUUAUUUUGACUCUGAUGAAAGACUACGAAUUAAGAUAACGGAUAACACGGAUCGAUUUGAAGUGCCGUUGGAAAUCAAACCACCAGCCAAUCCUGGAGGUGAAAAUCCACAAUAUCGCAUUGAAUUCACAAACAAUCCCGUUUUCUCCUUCAAAGUUAUUCGAGUUAGUAGUGGAGCAGCCGUAUUUGACACAUCCCUGGGCGGACUCACAUUUGCAAAUCAGUUCAUUCAGAUUGUGAACAAAGUACCCUCUACGAAUGGUUAUGGAAUUGGGGAAAAUGAACAGCUCUCUUAUCGCCAUGAUUUUAGCAAGUGGCAAGUCUUUCCUAUCUACACGAAGGAUGAUGCUCCUCUGGGAAAUAAAAACGUAUACGGGGCCCACCCCACUUACACGAUGGUUGAACCCGAUGGGUCCACCCAUACGAUACUCUUCCUGAACAGUAACGCCCAAGAAUUUCUCCUGACCCCAGCACCAUCUUACACCUACCGGACCACUGGAGGUCUGCUGGACAUUUACAUUUUCAUGGGCCCUACCCCAGAAGAAGCGGUGGGACAGUAUCACCAGGCCGUGGGACCCCAACCUAUUCCGGCCUACUGGUCACUUGGAUUCAAUUUAUGUCGAUGGAAUUACAAUUCGAUUGGGAAUAUGAAUGCCACCAUUGAACGCACACGGGAGGCGGGAAUUCCGCAAGAUGUUCAGUUCGGGGAUUUGGACAUCAUGUUCGAUUGGCUAACCUUCACCUACGAUUCCAAUGCCACUUACAACAACUUCUCGGGAUUGCCGGAAUUUAUCAGAGAAUUGAAGACGAGAGGAAUUCAUUUCAUUCAGAGUGUGAAUGCACAGAUCUCCUCAGAGGAGCGACGUCUCCCGUGGUAUGAACCACUUCGGUUGGGACAUGAGAUGGAUGUUUGGGUGAAGCGACCGAAUGGAACUCCCUCAACAGGGACGCUUUGGCCCGGUGGGGAACAUGAGGGAUGGGACAAACCUGCCGGCCCUGGUUUCGGAGGUCCGGUUCAUUUUACAGACUUUUCUCGCCCAUCUGCCAUCGAGUGGUGGAGGAUAAUUUGUGCCCAGUAUAGAGAUGUGCUAGAUUGGGAUGGUCUUUGGUUGGACAUGAAUGAACCCGCCAGUUGGGUUUCGGGGGAUGUGGUUGGAUGCGCCGACAAUUUGAUCAAUCAUCCCCCAUACACGCCAGGUAUCACGAACAACAUUUCUGACUUAACGAUUUGUCCGGACCAUGUUCAGGAUUACGGGAUUCUGUACAACACGCACAGUCUCUAUGGGUGGAGUCAAGCUCGCGGCUCAUUUGAAGCCAUCAAACCGCUCUUCGGAACAAACCGGACCUUUCAACUGUCUCGAUCCACCUUUCCCGGUUCAGGGCAAUGGGCGGCGCAUUGGCUUGGAGAUAAUUUCUCCACCUGGGGCAACUUGGCAUCCUCCCUCAUCGGCAUAAUGGGCUUCAAUCUCUUCGGAACUCCCCAAUCGGGUGUAGACAUUUGCGGCUUCUACGGCCGACCUUCUGAAGAACUUUGUACCAGAUGGUUGCAAGUUGGAGCCUUCUACCCAUACUCCAGGAACCACAAUGUCCGGUCCACCUCUGAAUUCGACCAAGACCCCGCCAGUUGGUCGGAGGCGAGUAGGAAUUCUACGAGGGAAGCUCUCAUGAUCCGCUACACCAUUCUGCCCUACAUGUACAACCUUUUCUACAUCCACCGGGUACGAGGGGGAACUGUGAUGCGGGCACUUUGGGCGGAAUUCCCCGGGGACCAGGUGGCCCUUGGGGUGGACACCCAAUUCCUGAUUGGACCCGCUUUCCUGGUUUCUCCAGUAUUGACGGAAGGUGCUACUGAAGUGGAGGCCUACUUUCCAGAAGGGUCUCGGUGGUUUGCGUACAGAAAUGGAGCAGAGAUUGAGGAAGCAGGAAGUGUCAUUCUGACAGCCCCCUUUGGUGUUAUUAAUCUUCAUGUGAGAGGAGGCUAUAUCCUGCCCACGCAAGAGCCCGCGUUGAAUACCAUGCUCUCCCGCCAAAAUGCGUUUGGACUCAUUGUAGCCUUAGAUGGAUCCUAUGCAGCUAGAGGAGAGAUGUAUUGGGAUGAUGGAGUUACGCAUGAAGUCCAGGAUGAAGGAGUCUAUUUCCGGUCGACUCUUUUGUAUAUUGAUGGAAAUCUGACACAAACCGUGGUUAAUGACGCUUACCAAGGUAUUUCCGGCUUGGAAAUGGACUCCAUUCGACUCUUUGGUGCUCCUUCUAUCAUCAGCACCAUUCUCCUUAAUGGAGAGGAACACACGGAUUUCGAAAUCCAUCUUCCGGGAAACGAACUUCGGGUUCAUAAUUUGAACAUUCCUGUCAAUUCCAAUUACAUGAUUACUUUCCUGCCUUAGCUUAACAAAAACAAUAUGUAUGUAGUGAGUAUUUGAAAGUUUUUGAAGUUUUUGAAAAUAAAUUGGAAGAAAUCACAAAUUCUACUUAACCGAUAAAA